GGCCAUCCCCCGGGGGCCGCAGAGUCCCCUCGCAGCCACCCCCUCCCCUCCGUGGGGCCGGGGCGGGGGCACGGCCCGAAGGGGAGGGCGGGGGGCGGUGGCGCGGAGCGCCCGCCCCUCACAGCCACGUCCCGCCCCGGCGGAGACGGGAGCUGAGCCCGCGGCAGACGCAGCCCCGCCGCGCCAUGGCCGGCCGCCGUCUCCUGGGGCUGCUCCUGGCCUUCUCCGCGGUGUUGGCCGCAGGUCAUGGGGAUGACACAGAUGACUUCAGCCUAGAAGAUGCCCUGUUUGACCCUGUCACCAGGCGACCCACUCCCAAGGGCCCCAGAAAGCCAGCAGGUGGGACAGACUUUGAUUUGGCUGAUUACUUUGACACGCCUGUGGAAACUACCACCAAAUCAACCAAGCCAACUCCCAAGCCCUUCCCCAGGCCAGGGAAGCCAGACACUGGCUUCUGGGAUGUCAUUCGCACCACCACGACCAAGCAGCCAAAAACUACAAGAGCCCCUCCUAAGCGUAACCCAGAAAAGGAUCCUAUGGAUUUUGACUUGGCUGAUGCCCUUGAUGAUAAGAACGAUAGGAAAGAUAUUGGGCGGCCGGACAUAAGGCCAGGUGAAGGAUUUUCAGACGAUGACCUGGCCAGCAUUGUGGAUGGUGGCUACAGCCCAGACAAGAAGAAGGGUGCCAGUGGCAACACCGACAACAACUACAGCGGAGUAGCGGAGACAGGGACAAUCGCCGGCAUUGCCAGCGGCCUGGCCAUGGCGCUCAUUGGGGCUGUCUCCAGCUACAUCUCCUACCAGCAGAAGAAGUUCUGCUUCAGCAUCCAGCAGGGACUGAACGCAGAGUAUGUGAAAGGAGAAAACAUGGAAGCCGUCGUGAGCGAGGAGCCCCAGGUUAAAUAUUCAGUCCUGGAAACGCAGUCAGCAGAACCACCAAAACAAGACAGUGUGAAGAUAUAAAGUGUGACCCAGGGCUAGAAAAUAAUCAGUCAGCAGCAACAGAGAUCUUACAUGCUUGUAAUUAAGCUUUUAAUUUAAUUUGACUCCAAAGCUAUUUAAUGUGCAUUUAGGCUUGAACUGGCUUUUUAUUGCUCUAGGCUUUAGGGUUAGACUGGUAGCAUGUGUUUAUUUUUUGUGAAGAGGUUUAUGUUUACAUCGAAGUAGUAGUGUAGGAUUGGUGUGCAGUUGUAUGGAAAUCCACAGAAGGUACUUCAGCAGUGGUCAGUUUUUCAGGAGUUUACAGAUAUGAGGACAGUGAAGUGCCUGUAAAUAGCAAUCCAAAGUCAAACCCUGCAAAGUCCUCUGCAAAGCACCUCCAGCCACCUUCUGCCAUUGGCUCCAGGCAGUGUCACUUCCAAUGGCAGGAACAAAGUUGCACAUUUCCUGAGGAUAGACUGCAGUCCUUCAUGUAGCUACACCUAAAAGUGAAGUGCCUAUGGUGGGUCCUCAUGUGGGGGGCCUUGGGCUGAGCCAGGUGACUCCCUGCUCCUAAGCCAGGAGCUGAGGAUGCUUCACCACCGCCACCACCCAUCACCCUGGGCUUCUAACCAAAGGACCUGAUUUUCACACCAAGUCACAAAUGCAGUUGAGAGUGUGUGCAGUGUUCACUUUCACCAAAUGCCAUUUGAAUGCUCCACUGUGCUGCAGAUCAGAAUGAAACUCAAGUGAUACAGUUUGUCUUAAGCUGCGCCAGGGGAAGUUUAGGUUAGAAGUUAGGAAAAAAUUUUUCACUGAAAGAGUGAUUGGGCACUGGACUUGUCUGCCCAGGGAGGUGGUGGAGUCAGUGUCCCUGGACAUGUUUAAGAAAAGACUGGAUGUGACACUCAGUGCCAUGGUUUAGUUGAUGAGGAGGUGUUAGGUUAGGUCAUAGGUUGGACUAGAUGAUCUCAAAUAUCUUUUCCAAUCUAGUUCAUUCUGUGAUUCUGUGAUUCUGUCUCUGUGACUUGAGAUACCCAAGUCGUCACCACAAUUAAAGCUGUGUGCAUAUGGAUGCUUUCAAGGACAGGUUCAGAUUUCAGUCACACUAGAACAAGUUACAGAUUUAACCCAAAAGAAAAUAAAAAAAGCAGGUAUCUGUUAAGAUCUGUAAUGCUCAGUACCGCAACAGAAAUCAAGCUUAAGAAGAUGCAGUCCCCUCCUUCUAUCAGCACCUGUAUCAGGAGUGCUCCCAGGCACAUAGAGGCAGAAAAAUAAUUUAAAUUUCACUCUUUGUGUAAUCGGCUAGCCUUUAAAAAAGGCAGUACCUUCUGAGAGGAUGAAUCCUCCAUCACUGUCCUGCAUGGGGUUCCUGCCUGGGAAACACUGGGCUGCAGCAGGACAGUGCAUACACAGCCCCUGCCACGCUGCUGAACCACUGCCUUAGACCCAACCUUCACUAUCUUGAAAGAAUUUCUGUUUCGAUUUCUAAUCCCUCCCCAGCAAGCUUUUUGACUCCUGCUAAAAUGUGAAUAACUGCCACUUUCCAAUACAUUUUUCCAAAUCAAUGAUUGCUUAAAAAGCAUGCUCUUGAGUGAAGGAAAUUCCACUUUACUUGGUGUAAAAGGUACUCACUAUUUAUAUAUAAACCUGAAAUGUGAGCAUUUUGUAUGGGUUUGCAAAUUCCAUAUUUUAUGAACGUUAUUAAGAAAACCAAGCCUUUCAGUAUGAUGUACAAAUGCACAGUUUUCAGGUAGACUUAACUUCCAGAAGGCCUUGCCAGGAGGUGAAUGAGCCCAGGAGCAUUGCUGUCUAACAGCUCCAUUUGGAAGGAAAUUGCCUAGUAACUUGUUUAAGUAUUCUGCAAUUACUGCACAGUUCUUUAUGCUCUUUUUAACACUUGCAUUUUUAAAGCCUUAUACUAGCUCUGGCAGAACAGCUACAGUGGUUUAUAAGGUGCCUCACAACUAUUCAGAACACUUAGGCUAUGAUACUACUCUGAACUUCUGCUGCUUUGUUUUAUGAAUGUGUUUGGAAUAGGAAAGAAAUGUUAAUAAUUGGCUCAGAUAAUGGAAGCAUAGGAAAGAGAUGGGAUGUACUGUUUGCUUACUCCCAGAGAAAGGUUUUCAUGGAGGAAGUAUGGUCUGCAGAAUUUGCAAGAGGAGCUCAGGUGCUGACUAAGCCACACAGCUGAGUUUUUGUAUCUCCAGUCCCAAGCACCAGCACUUGUUUUUUUGUUCUUACCCAAACAUAUUUGAAAGCUGUAGCAUGAAGUGUGUUUUCUGUAAGUUACUGUGGAUGAAGUGUAUAACAGAUGAUCACUAGAAGCUGUUUUCCCAGCUUAGAUCUAGUGCCCAUAAUUCUUCCCCUCACUUUGCCAGUGACCAUGUUCCUGCAGAUGCAGAUCACGGGUUUCACCCUGCCCUGCCUGUCUGACCAGAGUGUCACUAACUAGUCAGUGUGGUUUGAAGAGUACAGUACCUACCCCUCCUCUGGGGACUCUUACAUUAGGGCAUAGAAGGGACACAAGUUUAAUUCAAAAUACUGCAGGUCACAGAUUUAACAAAGAAAGGCAGCAAGCUCUUUCACUGGAAAACCCGCCCCAGUUUUUGGGACUCAGAAGCUGCUGCUUUGCCCAAGGCUCUUCUAUAAUGUUGGUGACUACUUACACCUUAGUGUAAUGUGUAGGUUUGUGGAAAUCCAUAAAUGCACAGUGAAAGAGAACACUUACAAAGUGAAUAGUGACAGAAUUCAAGAUUUCUUUCUCUAGGAUUUUGAAUAGGAAAAUACUUGCAGAUCCUUCAGUAGAGAAAUAGGCUUGGCCUUCUCUUCAAAACUGAACAAAAGGCAGAGUCUUAGUGGUAAAUGUCAGCAAAGGCUCAAAUGAUUUUUUUUAUUGCUGUUUGUCCCCUCUUCCAUCUGAGCUGCCACCACUCUCUGAGAAAUAUGGAGUUUAUACAUCAUCUAUAUUUUAGGUAUUAUAGCAACUGAGAGGUUUCCUGUGUAUUUUCCUAGUAGUGAUCUAAGUUCUGGAACAGCUGACCCAGCACUGACCUCUACUUUCAUUUAAUUAUGAUUUAUUCACUUUAAAUCGGGAUAUGGAUUUUUAAAAAAUCCUGCAUUUAAGCUCUGUAUACAUGGCAUGAACUUUCUUGUCCUUUAUAAAAAAGGCAAUAAACCACUAGAAAAUUGGUUUGUUUUUUUUCUUUAAUGAGUCCAAAACCUAUAUAUACAGAUAUCCUGAGAGGUUUUGUAUGAUGUAUGCCGUGAGCUCUUUUUCUUAUGACACCUCACUUCUAAAGCUAUUUUAAAUGGCAAUAAAAUGAUUCAGAAAAGGUUUUGUAAAGGUUUGACAGAGAAAAGAGAAUUGAAAGAAUUCAGCUGGCUCGUUUUGUGUUUAUUCUUUAAAUUACUUGCAUUUUCCUUUGGCAGUACUUUGUUUCAGAUUCCUCAGCUGAGAAUACUCUAACAUGAAUUUCAGAUCUUUUUGGCACUAUAAACUCAGUAAUUUUCAUGCAACCCCACUAACGAACCCUUACAAGUGCUCCAUUGUCAUUCUUAACUACUCAUUUGUUGUGAUAAAAGUGGAAUUAGUCCACAAUACUGUUUCAGAUCCUGAAAAAGAAGGAUGAGUUGGCAGGCUGAGGCUUUAAAAAUUGCUUCUCUAACAGAUGAGGUUCAGAAACAAAUGAAGUUCAGAAACAACGGGGUUGUGAAAUUAGAGAACACUUUCUUUUGAGUGAAGUUCUAACUUAGAAGCAAGACAGAUUCCUUGUUGCUGAAGAAGUGACCUGUACCAAAUGAAGGCUGAAUGUUGUGCUGUAACAAAAUACAUUUUGUUAAUGUGCAUGUAAGGGUCACAGGAGUUAAAACCAAAAUUUAACUACCUUUGGAAAACACCAAAUAAACCAAGUUGACUAGAAAGACAUUUUAGACUUGAUUAUUUUUGUGUUAUUUUUUUUUAAUGAUGGAAGUAAGCUGCAAGUGUUUGGCUAUAUCCUUAUGGUACAUCACCUCUUCUCUAGCUACACUGAAAACUUCAUUUAAAAAACUGAUCCAAAACAGACUUUGUGAGAAAACAAAUACCACUAUGAAAACUUCAGUGGUAAAAAAUGGAGUAUUUGCAUGCAUGCACACACAUACACACUCUCUCCCCUCCCCCCUCAGGUCGCUCAGCAGCUAAACUCAAGGCAGUGCCCAAGGUUUCCUGCAGUUUUCUUUACAUUUUCACACCCAGUAGGUAUAUGUCCCAUGCGGUGCAAACUAAGCUUUUAAGUAUAAUGAUGCGAUGCUCAGUCUCACAGUCAAAAAAGUCAAGAAAGGUGGUUUAUAUGUCAAACUAACUACUUCUGACUCAUGUGUCUUAACUCUUUCCUCCCAACUGCACAAGAUCUGGCAGUGAAAAGCUAUCAAUACCCUCCUAGCUCAGCAGAUACGGUCUCAGCAAAUGGACAUUCCUUUUUGCUUUUUACCAUAAAUAUUUCACCUGGGGAAUAGUCUGAAUUUCCUAUUUUACUGUGUACUCUGUUGAGGCUUAGUGCACAUGAAUGAGAGCUCUUGAUUCCUUGUUUUCAACUUCUACAGAACCAGCUGUUCUUGGUGUUACUACAUAGAGCACAUGAAUCAGUACAGCUUCUCUUGGAAAAUGAAAGCAAUGAAACACUUCUUGUUUAAAGCUGUAAUUCCUUGAGAAGACUGCCUCUGCAGGGAACAGAACCAGGCAGUUAGGAGUGUUUACUGGCUUUAAAAGCCUUCUUCCAUUUUAAUGAAACAACAAAAAAUUUACUUCUAUCUACAAAAGAGAAAGAAGUGUAAAUUCAGCUCUGAUACAGGACUAAAGUGGCCAAGUCUCUGAUGCUGAUGAUUCACUUAACUUACGUUACAAGCAAGAAGUGUGUCAGCUGGUUACCAAGGCUUCAUCUCUUUCUGGGACACUGGAUUCAGGUUGUACAACCCCCUCUCAUAUGUCAUUGACAAUAGGAAAAUCCUACAAGCCAAAUGUAGCUGCUUGCUGUCUUUGCACAUUCCCUUUAUACUGAGCAAUCAAAACCAAAAACCAAAGCAGAUCUAGCUUUUGAACCAGAAGUUAAUAGCUCUGUCCAAAGCGCAUCAGACAGGGAACAGGAUUCUGCUCUUCGCUUAGCUAGUUCAAUACUGCCUUAUUAAAAAACCAAACAAACAACCCCCCCUGCAAAAAAACAAUUAGUUGUUAAAUCAAUAGGAAAAACCCUGAUUAUCAGGAAGCAGACUUGAGUACAACAUCAUCUCUUCAGUGUAAAGCUAUGCUCUAACUAGCCCAUAUGAACUACAGAAUACCUCUGAAUAUUUCUAUGCUAUGUACAAACCCAUCCAUUGUGCUGACACAAGGAACAACAGGACCCUCCCCCAGAUAUUUCAUGUACAUCAGAGACUUGCUGAACUGUGUUGAAACUGGUGGAUACACAGCCAGUCAUCUGAAAUAAUUGAAGUUCUUCUAUGCAAAACCAAAUUCUCAGAGUUUAGCUUUAGAAAUCCAAGCUUUAAAAAUCUCAGAAUGCCCAAGCUAAUCCAGUCAUCACUUUUGCAAUAAUUACAGAGAAAAUAUUGUGAUUAUUAGCACAAAUAUAGAGAAAAACUUCAAAAGAUUUUCUUUAGCACUGCAUUUUGGAGAUAAUGUGCUUUACUUUAAUACACAGUUGAAAUGUCAAGGAAAUCUGAAGUACAGAAGAGUUUAAUUCAAUACCAGCUCAAUGUAUUUUUGCCGAUGUAGAAUUCACUGCUGACACACUGUUCAGCAGCAUCAUUUUUACAGGAAAACAUCUUUCAUCUAUUUAUAAAAAGCCUGAGGUUGAUUAAGAGAUGCAACAUUGCAAGCCUUCCUAAACUGUGUUUGUGUAGGUGAAUAUUUAUUAUAAAAAUCAUUCACUACAGUAUAAAGGACAGGUUGAAAUACCCUGCACUGCACAGUAAACAUGUAAGACUGGAUACAGCACUUCAGCCUCUCUAGCUGAAGCUGGGAAGGUGCUCAGCAGCUCACUGGACUCAUUAACUAUGUGCUGGGUAGAGUUAAUGCAGAGAGUGAGACACAGAAAAGUGCUGUUGUGCAUUUGGAACAAAUGUGCAGCAACAAAUGAAUACUUGCAGUCAGUAAAACCCACAAUCACCAUAUAGCUCAUAAUUGGCUCUUAAGAAUGGGGCUUAAUUCCCACCAGCAGAACCUGGAGCAAUACAAGCAUGAGUCAAAAAGCAGAGCUGCAAUAUUUAAGUUUCUUAAGGAGAAGAACUUAGAUUUUCAUGAAACACAGCAAGGAAAACAAUCCAGGGAAAAUUUGCAGCAUGCAUGAUUUCUAGGCCUUCCAAGAAUGCCAGUAAGUAAUUUUCUAAAAGGAGGAAUGUUACAGUAAUCAAUUGUCUCCAGUAUGAGUAUUUCUGAGGAGAGAUGCGAGAACAUUGGGAAUGUUUAUUUAAACAUGACAACACAGUUAAAUUAUUCCUUUACAGAAAAAAUGCUAGUAGGAAUUUAAAAAACAAAAAGUCAAGAGGCUUUAUUACAAGAAAAACAGUAUCAUUAUUCAAAAAACUUUGUCAAACAAAAUUGUUGCAAGUUAAGGUCCUCAGAAGGGUUUGGACAGGCAGGUUCCAUUUUCUGAAUGUACAGCUUAAACCCACGGGAGGAUGCCUAUGUUUAACAUCACAUACACAUGGGUAUAAACGCACACAGCUUAGCAUUUUGUGUGUACACUUAGAAACAAAACACACUUCACAAAGUGGAGCUAUAAAGAUUAUGCAAUUUACUCAGCUGAGUGUCAUUUCAACCCCAAAUAUUACCAUUUGCUAGAAAACAAACUUUUACUUUGUACAAGACCUUGACAUGAGCAAGUUUAACCCUAGCUCACCAGGCUGAAACUGAACAAUAAGAUAAACAGUUUUUUAAACUUUUUUUCAACUUGUACAAAAGGCAUUAAAAAACCUAAAGUACAUGCUUUACCAAAUAUAUUACAUCAUACCAGUCAGUGUGGUGUACUUGAUAACUCCAGCUCAACUUCAUCCACAUUUAAUGGCAUAUUGAGUUUGAAAUGUAAAACUGACUACACUGGAAAACAUUUGUUCAUUACCUAAAAGAAAAAUAAACUGCUCUAGCAAAAAAAAAUAUAAAAA